AUUUAUUAACGUGUCAUUACGAGGGGCAGCGCCGGGCCGGGGCUGUCGUACGCCUCAGGGAAUACUUGGCUCCUCGCGGCUGGGUGGGAGGAGGACAAGAAAACGGAAAGAGGCUGGAUUCUCUGCGCGCCAGCCUCGGGGCCUGAUCCAUGGCCCUCGCGACUUCGCGCCGGUGUCUGGUGGACUAAGAGAUGCGCCCCUGGGCCGAGUGGAACACACGCGCGCACACACGCACGCGCGGUCCCGGCUCGCCGGCAGCUCGCUGCUCAGCUUACAUCGGUUUCAACUCCGCGCCCAGGGCGAGCGGGAGCGGGUGCGGGUGAGUGCGCCCGGGGCCCGCGAGGGUGCGCGCUCGGCGGCGGGAGCGCGGCCGGCCACCGGCUCGGCAGGCAGCAGGCCGGGAGCCGCCGGGACUUGUGGCCGGGGCGCACGCGGGACGACCGCGGAACCGGAGAUCCUGAGGGAAGAGGGGAAGGAACCCCAUCCACAAGACACCACCGCAGCCUCUGCAUCUAGGAGGAAGCAACAGACCAGAAACCACGCCAAUGGCACCCCCUGGCCUGCCGCUAUGGCUGCUGUCCACCGCGCUCCUGUCUCUGCUGGCUGGAAGCUCAGCCUUCCUGUCCCAUCCUCGCCUGAAAGGCCGCUUCCAGAGGGACCGCAGGAACAUCCGGCCCAACAUCAUCUUAGUGCUCACGGAUGACCAGGACGUGGAGCUGGGCUCCAUGCAAGUGAUGAACAAGACAAGGCGCAUUAUGGAGCAGGGUGGGGCACACUUCAUCAAUGCCUUCGUGACUACGCCCAUGUGCUGCCCUUCUCGCUCCUCCAUCCUCACGGGCAAGUACGUCCACAAUCACAACACCUACACCAACAACGAGAACUGCUCCUCGCCCUCCUGGCAGGCACAGCACGAGAGCCGCACCUUCGCCGUGUACCUCAACAGCACAGGCUACCGGACAGCUUUCUUUGGAAAGUAUCUCAAUGAGUACAAUGGCUCCUACGUGCCGCCGGGCUGGAAGGAGUGGGUCGGACUGCUUAAGAACUCCAGGUUUUACAACUACACACUCUGCCGGAACGGGGUGAAGGAGAAGCAUGGCUCCGACUACUCCACGGAUUACCUCACGGACCUCAUCACCAACGACAGCGUGAGCUUCUUCCGCACAUCCAAGAAGAUGUACCCACACAGACCCGUGCUCAUGGUCAUCAGCCAUGCAGCUCCCCAUGGCCCCGAAGACUCUGCCCCCCAGUACUCACGCCUCUUCCCCAAUGCGUCCCAGCACAUCACACCAAGUUACAACUAUGCACCCAAUCCCGACAAGCACUGGAUCAUGCGCUACACGGGACCCAUGAAGCCCAUCCACAUGGAGUUCACCAACAUGCUUCAGCGGAAACGCCUGCAGACACUCAUGUCUGUGGACGACUCCAUGGAGACGAUUUACGACAUGCUGGUGGAGACUGGUGAGCUGGAUAACACUUACAUCGUGUACACCGCCGACCACGGCUACCACAUUGGCCAGUUUGGCCUGGUGAAGGGCAAGUCCAUGCCCUAUGAGUUCGACAUCAGGGUCCCGUUCUAUGUGAGGGGCCCCAACGUGGAGGCCGGCUCUCUGAAUCCUCACAUCGUCCUCAACAUUGACCUGGCCCCCACCAUACUGGAUAUUGCCGGGCUGGACAUCCCCGCAGACAUGGAUGGGAAGUCUAUCCUCAAGCUAUUGGACUCAGAGCGGCCAAUGAACCGGUUCCACUUGAAAAAGAAGCUGAGGGUCUGGCGAGACUCCUUCCUGGUGGAGAGAGGCAAACUGCUCCACAAGAGAGACAGUGACAAAGUAGAUGCCCAGGAGGAGAACUUCCUGCCCAAGUACCAGCGUGUGAAGGACCUAUGCCAGCGCGCCGAGUACCAGACAGCUUGCGAGCAGCUGGGGCAGAAGUGGCAGUGUGUGGAAGAUGCUUCCGGGACGCUGAAGCUGCACAAGUGUAAGGGCCCCACACGGUUUGGUGGCGGCGGCGGCAGAGCCAUCUCCAACCUGGUGCCCAAGUACUACGGGCAGAGCCGCGAGGCCUGCAGCUGUGAUGGUGCUGGAGACUACAAACUGGGCCUGGCUGGACGCCGCAAACUCUUUAAGAAAAAGUACAAGACCAGCUAUGCUCGUAACCGCUCCAUCCGUUCCGUGGCCAUUGAGGUGGAUGGUGAGGUAUACCACGUAGGCUUGGACAGCGUGCCCCAGCCCCGGAACCUUACCAAGCGGCACUGGCCAGGGGCCCCAGAAGACCAGGAUGACAAGGACGGUGGCAGCUUCAGUGGUACUGGCGGUCUUCCAGACUAUUCCGCCCCCAAUCCCAUUAAAGUGACCCAUCGGUGCUACAUCCUCGAGAACGACACCGUCCAGUGUGACUUAGACCUGUACAAGUCCCUGCAGGCUUGGAAAGACCACAAGCUGCACAUCGACCAUGAGAUUGAAACCCUGCAGAACAAAAUUAAGAACCUGCGAGAGGUCAGAGGUCACCUGAAGAAGAAGCGGCCAGAAGAAUGUGACUGCCAUAAACUCAGUUACCACACCCAGCACAAAGGCCGCCUCAAGCACAAAGGCUCCAGCCUGCACCCUUUCAGGAAAGGACUGCAGGAGAAGGACAAGGUGUGGCUGCUGCGGGAGCAGAAACGGAAGAAGAAACUGCGCAAGCUGCUCAAGCGGCUGCAGAACAAUGACACGUGCAGCAUGCCAGGCCUCACGUGCUUCACCCACGACAACCACCACUGGCAGACCGCGCCUCUCUGGACGCUGGGACCCUUCUGUGCCUGCACCAGCGCCAACAAUAACACAUACUGGUGCUUGAGGACCAUCAACGAGACCCACAACUUCCUCUUCUGUGAAUUCGCGACUGGCUUCAUAGAAUACUUUGACCUCAGUACAGACCCUUACCAGCUGAUGAACGCAGUGAACACGCUGGACAGGGAUGUCCUCAAUCAACUGCACGUGCAGCUCAUGGAGCUGAGAAGCUGCAAAGGCUACAAGCAGUGCAACCCCCGGACCCGAAACAUGGACCUGGGACUCAAAGAUGGAGGAAGCUAUGAGCAAUACAGGCAGUUUCAGCGUCGAAAAUGGCCAGAAAUGAAGAGACCUUCUUCCAAAUCACUGGGACAGCUUUGGGAAGGCUGGGAAGGUUAAGCGGCCAUAGAGAGGAACCUCCAAAACCAGAGGCCUUGUGUGGCUGCCCAGGCUGUGCGAAAAACAGAUGAUUCCCGGUGCUGAAACUGGGAGGCCUGACAGGAGGCAGGGCCUGCUCUCUUGGGACAUGAAAUCCUUGAAGACUGCGCCCAGACUUCCCCGGGCCCAUUUUUUUUUUUGCCCUGCUUUGCUUUGGAUUGAACUUCACCAGCUGCUCAGAAAACAUUCUCACGUCUGGAAUCUGUCAGCCCUCUCAGAGGCUCGGACGGACAACAGGACUGAUUUCCAUGGAUCUCCUCCAGGGAUGAAAGUUGCUGGGAUUUUUUUUUUUAAGUCGUAUAAAGAAAACAAUCUUGUUUUAACCUUCUUAUUCUUUGGAGAAAGCACGAACAUGGGCAACCCCGGGUGCUGCCGGCAAGGCAGUCUGGCCAUGAGUCAAUAGCACAAAAGCAGCCCCAUUCACCUGGCCGGAUGACCCGCUGCCUCUGAAGCUGCCUUCACUGUAUAUAUGUGACUGCUCACAUGUAACCAACACAGGGACUCUAGGGGAAUCUCACUAAUACAAAAUCCCGUUCUCAAGAGUCGUGGUGUCAAUAAACGCUCUGUGGCCAGUGUCAACAAAAAUCCCUCGAGCUUGUGGACAUUUCUGUUCCCACCCGGGAUCCAUUCCUUUGUUAUCCAGCCCAGAACUCACGUUUUCUAAGGUACUGAACACCCAAGCUGAUGUGUGUCCUGUGUUUUAAUGACAUUGUAUUUGUAAAGAAAUUUUGUAGUAUAAGCACCAUCUUACAGUGUUCAUACCCCCAGUCAAUGACUAGCUACUGGUAUGAAAAAAAUCUUUGAAUUUUUGUAAAAGAUUAUGUUGG